AUCUUUUUGACCUUUGGCUUCGGUGUUGUUUUUGCUUCAAUCUGCAACUCUUCCGGAACGUGAAAACGGGUUUGCGCUGUCCGUUUUGCUGCGUAGAGGAAAAAUACGCGCGGUGGUGUUCCGCAGUGCCGCGUGUAUUUAGCUAGUAUUUCCUCGUCCACGACCGAACUUCGCAGUUUUUCAGACGGUAAAAAGGUGCGAAUUCGAACCGUGCCCACCACGCGGCCACGUCAUUGUGGAGUGUGGCGAUUUCGAUGGUUAAGAUUCGAACGACAUUCGAAUAACUAUUUCCCUCCGGAGUAACUGUUGCACCAGGCCGUGGCGUAGCAGCUGCUCUACUCGCUCUCACCCUCAGAGCCACUUGCAUCCUAGCAGACCAAUCUCCGUCGAGCCUGCCUGGAGAGGCAGCGUACUUUAGCGGUGUUCGUUAAUUCGCGGUUCUUUCCCCCCUUCUCUCACGCAGGAUAUUUCUCGUCUCGACUGCAGUAAAUAUCGGUGCUUUUUGCCUUCUGGAAACGCCAUGUCAACGUGUGCGUGCAGCUGUGCGUGUUGCAAGCAGCGGGACCCAGCAGCUGGUGGUGCUCGCGCGUGCUGCGCUUCCGAGAAGAAAUGCGAAUGUCCGUGCAGGUGCUGUCAAAACGGUGACAAAGCGACUCGAAUCGGAGGUGCUUGCGACGUUACUCGCAUCGAGGAAGAGACCCUUGUUGCUCCCUCUGAGGACCCAGUGAACAAGGUGACUCGGGAGCGAGUGAUCAUCGAGGGCGACGACGGGAAAGUGACGUCUACAGAAACCGAGUGCCGCACGAUGUUUGCCUCGAGUCCCGCAGAACCUGUAGUCACGUCGGAUGUGACCAUCACGUCCGGCGAGGGAGAGUCGAAAAAGAGCUUCGGAAAAUGCAACUGCGUUUGUUGUUCGGACGCGAGCUGUGCAUGCACUUGCCCGUGCUGCCAGGGCAAAACGCCGACGGGCCGUUGCUGCCGCAAGAGCGAAGGUCAAACUGAGAGUGGAGACAAGCCCAGUUUGGCAGGCUGCAAAAAGUGUCUGUGCUGCGCAGGGACCGACGGCGCAUGCAAGUGCCCGUGUCCCUGCUGUGCGAUUUGCAGUUGCUCAUGUGCGUGCUGCAAAAACAAAAAGAAAUGCUCGUGUUGCUCCGGAGGACAGGGCCGUUGUUCCUGUUCUUGCGCGUGCUGCACGAAGAAGGAGUGCCACUGCUGCAAAUGCUGCGCGACGGCGUGUGCCUGUGACUGCGGGUGCUGUCGAACGUCGGCAGACAAGACUUCUGCAUGCGAGUGCGACUGUGCCUGUUGCGGGAGAAAAACCGGCGGUGUAGACACGGGUGCCUGUUCGAGGUGCCCUAGCAAGAAAUGCAGCGCCCAGAAAGGUGCGCCGAUCGGUGACGGAGAGAGGGGAAGGGAAGAACGGCUGGGGACCGCCAGACACAGAGAAAGAAAGGCGAAUAAUGAACGAAGCGACUCUGAGACGCAGGAAGCGUGGUGCCACCGCGAGAAAAUGUGUACGACCGAGGGAGACGAGACUGACUCUCGUCCGCACUUUUCUUCUGUGCCGAGUGACUUCGUAAAGAUUCUCACGUGCAAGAACGGGGAAAAAGUUAUUAUGCGCCGAAUGAAAGUGACAGACUACGCUGCGGUCCGUGCGCUGCUGCCGUCCGUCUCCCGCUGUCCAGACACCCUGUCAGAAGCAAAGGUUGCCUCGAUUCUCAGUCUUCCGGUUUUCUUUGCCUGGUGCUGUUUCAGCGUGAAAAACGCCGAGAUCGACUGCAGAAACGAGCGGGAGGUAGAAGGCGACCUUCUUGGCUACUGCGAAGUCAUUCUCCAGCCGCAUUUGGGGCGGAAACCCGAUGGUCGUCUAGAACGUGUCGUCGUCAGUGAGCAGUUUCGAGGUCGCGGGCUAGCGACGAAAUUGUGCGAAGCCGUGAUUCAAGAAGUGAGGGACAGAGACUUGUGUGGCCGGCUAGACCUGACUGUCGAGAAGCCUGAAGCUCGACACAUCUACGAGGACAAACUGGGAUUUCAGGCCAUCGACACAACUGUCCUGCGUCUCCAGUUCUAAAGGUGGAACGACGGAGGCGGUAACCAAAGAGUCGGGACGAAAAGGCACAAAGAAACGAAACUGGGGAAGUAUCGGGAGAAGGAACGAGGGGAAAUGAGCAUCAAGGACAAACGCAACACACACAGGGGCGAAUCGGAGACAUAAAGAAAUAAAGCUCAGGUUGAUGACGCUCCAACACUGUAGUUUUCCGGGUCGGAAAAAGAGCUGACUAGCCGCAGCAUUGGUGUUGCCAACAGAGAACGAGGAAGAAAUGCAGCUGAAGACAGCUGCCGAAGGGAAUCGUGUGCGUCAGUUACCUUUAUUGCGAGGUCCAUCCAGCUUCUUCAGGAUCGAACCACGUAAGCGUCACGCGUUGUGUCCCCUCCCGGUCUCACACUUUGAGUGUUUUCCUCAUCGAGGAAGCGUCUUGUAUUCUUUUUACGUUUGAAGGGCCGUCGGCCACCGCAUGCACGUUUUCCGUGUCUUUGCGUGUGGCUAUUGUUUUCUGUGCCGUUUGGGUUGUGUGUGCUCCAUGCAUGUUUCUCUGUCCGUAGCGAAGCUCAGCGACUCUCCGAGGCACACUAGCGGUAGUAUGCGUUUUCUUGCUUCAUUGUGCCUGGGGAGAAGGGUGUACCGUUCGCAGGUACAGCCGCGAGCAAAUCUGUAGUUUUCUCGUUUGCGUUGUGGGCAUGUGUUGAAUCAAACUCGUCUGUGUUCUAGCGACGGCGCAGACCGUGAGGCGAGAAACUGAGAGUCACAGUGAGUCCGACUGUGGCAUGGAGAGGGAACAGAGGAGAGCAUAAAGAAGGCAAGAGACUUGCGAACGGUUCUUUUCAUUUUCUCCCCGUGCUCUCUUUAUCGAACGAGGCGACAGCUGUAUGUGCAAAACAAACGUAUAUUUCGUGACGCGGCACUGUCCAUUUGUCCACGAGCAUGACACCAGAUGACAAUCGCCCGCGGAAACUCAAGCUAGAAACACGCAGUGGAAUAGCGUUUGCUCUCUCAUACCAGCGGCUGAACUAGGCUGUGUGUGCAGAUAACGUGACAUGGCGUUUGUCGCGAACGCGACGACUGCAGUCGGCUCUCCGCAGAGCGGGUUUUGAACCGCCACUUUCCGCCGACUGCGACAAUCUCUUUACCCACCGCGCAUUUUUGUUCCUGACAAUUACAGAGUUCCCUGACAGACCAUGGGAGCGAACACAAGCUUCAACUCUAUUCAUGGAAAUCAAAAAAGCAUCCACGUUACGCGCGUGCCUUGACGCUUUUCCACAAGCUCCGUGGUGCAACAGUCAGGCUGCGUGCAAAUGCUUGAGCUGAAUUUUCAAGUGGAGGCGUUACGAAGAGCCAAAAUAUGUGAUCUGCUGUGUGACCUUCCACACGAAUCAAUGCCUUUUAUUGCACGCAUGGCGCGGCAACAUCUGGUAGGAACCGGGCGACUUACUCUUCAUGCCUCUGUCGUAACUGCCGCGUGACUCGCGACCACGUCGCGCGUUGUGCCUGCCAUUCAAAUGCAGAUUUGUGUAAGAGCCUCCCUCUCAACGAUCCAUUUAUCACAUUGUCUUCCACUUGACUAUGUUUUCAUCGAACUGGAUGUAGGACUACACUCGCUGUUAAGAGAAGUGGAUAGUUCCACACAAGUCCGACGUGGAGACCGCCGUUUCUCGCCGUUAUCCGGCUUCGUGGAACCUUUAAACUGAUGUGCAGUGUUCCCUCCUAGACCUACU